CGUCAUUGGCGCUCUCUGUCGGUAAAUUGAAGCGCUAAGUUCUCCCACUCUACAUACAGUCGUUUAGUCGAAGGUGUGUAGUGGGGAUGAAGCUGCGGCAUAGGUAACGUAAUGCGCAUCAGUCAGUUGUUUUGAAGCGGUCGUACGUGUCACUUGGAUUACUCGGUUUGCGAUUAACGCAGUGUUUUUCUUUUUCUUUUCCCUUGUGGAUACGAUCGAGAUCGUGUUUAAAAGCUAAUAUUAGAUAAUAUCGUAAUAUUUCGGUGACAGGCCGUAUAAAAUAUUUAAUCAUAAAUUAUUAGUGAGAUUUGAAAUAACGUUUGGUGAGAGUGUUGUUUUCGAACGAUCUCGUCUUAUUCAUUUUAUCUUCGUUUCCAUUUAUUAUUAUUACAAAAAGUUAAUGAUACCAAGAUUGUUAAGUCAUCAAAUUCGUUUCUAAGAAGGAUGUUUGAUCGCGACACAGCGAUACAUCUCAUUGCCGGAGGUGUUGCUGGUACAACAGGAGCUAUAGUAACCUGUCCACUCGAAGUGGUUAAAACACGUUUACAAUCCUCUUCGUCUGGCUUUCACCCGCCACCAGUGAAUAAAGAGUUUACGUCCGGUCAUGUCACGUGUAAAAGUUUUCCAACACCGGAGCAAAGGAGGAGACUGUGUACAGGAGGAUAUCCAAGGUGUUCCUUUCUGGCUCUUUCACAUUGCGGCGUGUCGACACCACCAGGUGGUAGUCCACACGCUUAUCCAACACCCGGUAUUAUCCAGUGUAUAAGAUACAUCAUUAAAAACGAAGGUGUGCGUGCCCUUUUCCAAGGUCUCGGACCAAAUCUUGUUGGUGUUGCACCUUCCAGGGCAAUCUACUUCUGUGCAUAUUCAAAAAGCAAAACGGCUUUUAACACGAUACUACCCCCGGACACUCCGAUAGUCCACGUAUUUUCGGCAUUUGGCGCUGGUUUCGUGGCAUGCACAUUGACAAAUCCUAUUUGGUUUAUUAAAACCAGACUACAGUUGGAUCAUCGAACGAACAAAAUUACUUCGAUAGAAUGUAUGCGGAGGAUAUAUCGACAAUCGGGUUUCCUAGGCUUUUAUAAGGGUAUUGUGGCGUCCUACGUAGGUAUAAGUGAGACUGUGAUACACUUUGUAAUUUACGAAGCUGUAAAGGCAUGGCUUGCGGCAAGGACGAGAGUUCCUUCUUCAAGAGGAGACGACAGAAAAACCUUACGUGAUUUUAUAGAAUUUAUGGUAGCUGGUUCGUUUUCCAAAACAAUCGCUUCAACGAUAGCUUAUCCUCAUGAAGUGGCAAGAACACGUUUACGCGAAGAAGGUACAAAGUAUCGAACGUUUGGUCAAACUUUACACACCGUAUAUAAUGAAGAAGGAACCAGGGGUUUGUACCGUGGACUUGGAACUCAUUUGGUAAGACAGAUUCCAAAUACAGCUAUAAUAAUGGCCACUUACGAAGCCGUAGUCUACAUCCUGAUGCGACAUUUCCAUUCAACUACUGUAAAUACAACGAACACAAGGACACAGUUUUAUGCUGAGACUAAAGCAAAGAGGGAACUGGCCUAGGAUUUGCUAAAAGGUCCUGAAUAAAGGGCCUUCAUUCUAAAUGCUAACGUUCGUGUUCUGAGGGGCCACGUUUCAUCAGGUCUUCAUUGUCCUCCUCCUCCUCUUCAUCCUCAUUAUCAUCGAGGAAAUAUUAAGAGACACCAUGGAAGAGAUGACGAUGGUGAGACGUCCUUUGGAGCUCAAUUACGAUUGUUACAUUGAAAGUAGCACCAAAAGGUACCACAACGUAGAACAACGCCUCAAUCCUCUAGAAAGUCUAGCAAAAAAAGUAGUCCUUCAUCCUUUCAGGUAGCAACUAAAACGCGUACGCAUGGAAUCCUGUUGUCUUGUGUACCUUGUAUACCAAACAGGCCAAUACCAAGUGAGGGCUGAUUUAAAGCUGGAACAAUGUGCUGACACACGUUGCUUCUCUUCCUCUUUUCCUCUAUCUCUAUCUUUAUCUUUUUCUCUUUCUCUUUCUCUUAUUAAUGAAAGUACAUUUUUUAUCUGUGACGCGGAAAUGGGAGAUACGUUUACUUUAUAUUAUAUUAUACAUAUACAUAUAUGACUCUUUAGAAAAACUAUAUUCUCCGAUAAUUUAGGAUUUUCUAUUCCUUUUUGCAAAGUUGCUGUUCCACCACCAUGUAUGUGUAUUAUAUUUCAAAGUAAUCGACAAACUAUAUAUGGAGAACGAACGAAUUGUUCAUUGUUAAAUUUUCUUUAUUUACAAAUUUUUAUGCUUAUAAAAUUAUAUUACGUUAUUAUUAUCAUUAUAUUUGUUUGUAUAUUUCGUUAUAUUUGACACGCGAGUAGAAAAUAGAUUGAAAUUUUGUUUUAUUUCUUUCUCUGUUAUAUUGAGAAAAGAGAGAUUGUGUUUUAACACAACGAAUUCUUUCUUCUUCUUCUUUUUUUUUUAUUUUUUAUUUUAUUCUGUUAUUAUUAUAACAGUAAUGUUAAUUUUUUGUCAGGAAAUUUUUCUUUUUAUUUAUCUACCUCUCUCUUUAUCUCUGGGUGGUAGAAAUAUCGAACAUUAAAAUUUGUUGUUUCCUUUAAAUAUAUCUUUACAUUUAUUAUCACAUCUCAACAAUUUGAUUCUUAUUAAUUAAUUUUAAUUUGAUUAUAUAUUAUUUUAUAUUCAAUAUUACAUUGCAAGAUGUAAGAAUCUCGAAUUGUAUUGAAUAAAUGAUUAUAAUUGAAUAAUAAAAGAGGCCGUGAUAAAAUAUGCAUACUAUUCGUUUAAAGCUUGCUGUUAUUAUUCCGUGUAAUAUUGAAGAUAUCGAUUAUUAAUAGGGAUAACAAAUGAUGAAAUCAAAUCUAUUUUGUGAAUAUAGAAAUACACAUAUUAUAUCACAU